AUGUCGGUGCGUAGUGGUAUGGCGUCCUCCGGGGAGACGAACCGCGAUCAAGGGAGAGUCGCCGGGUGGCUGGGAGUCGUCACCGCGGUCCGUGAUAUUUCUCAUCAAUCGAUAACCGGAUAUCUGAAAACGGAAUCCGGCGGACGAGGACAACCCCGGAGACGGCGACUGCAUAAAAUUAAUUUAAAAGCUUCAAUCCUGAAAUUCCCCGACCGUGUCCCCGUGAGAUUUCCGAGUUUUUCCGGAUGUCAACUUGGCGAGUUUUCGACCGACGGCUUUCAAAUUUUAACACCAUAUAGUUAA